UUGUUUUAGACUCUGGCAAUGGCUUUCAGGCGAGCCCUAUCCAUAAGGUCCACACUUACCUCUCCAAGGAAGCAACUACCUUACCAUAUCACCCCUCGUGACAAUGACCAUGAAGAGGAAGAGGACUCAUUCACUUCUCAAAGAAGUUGUUACCAUAGCUUCCUUCACCAAAGACUCUAUCAGCUCAGGCUUACUUGUGCAGCUAGUGACUCUUUCUUGCCUAUCGCGGCUCUUCAGCAUUGCAUUGAUAUGGUUCAUUCGUUCACAGGCUUUGAGUGGUGGGCAUCCAUUGUUGUAGCAACGGUUUUGAUCCGGUCAUUAACGGUUCCUCUCUUGAUCAAACAAAUGAAAGACACCACAAAGUUAUCGCUGAUGAGGCCGCGGUUGGAGUCCAUCCGGGAGGAAAUGCAAAGCAAGGGAAUGGACCAUGUUACAAUGGCAGAAGGUCAGAAAAAGAUGAAGAAUUUGUUUAAAGAAUAUGGUGUCACUCCAUUCACUCCAAUGAAAGGGAUGUUGAUCCAGGGACCUCUGUUCGUCUGCUUUUUCCUUGCUAUUCGAAAUAUGGCAGAGAAGGUACCUUCGUUCCAAACCGGAGGUGCAUUAUGGUUCACCGUUCUAACAACUCCAGACAGCUUAUACAUCUUACCGGUUUUAACAGCAUUGACAUUCUUGAUAACCGUUGAGUGUAAUGCACAAGAAGGCAUGGAAGGCAAUCCAAUGGCAGGCACUGUGAAAAACGUCUGUCGAGGUUUCGCUCUCCUCACAGUCCCCAUGACAAUGAGUUUUCCUCAGGCUAUAUUUUGUUACUGGAUCACAUCCAACCUCUUCUCCCUCACGUAUGGACUUGUGAUUAAGCGUCCUCGAGUGAAGAAGCUGUUAAAGAUACCUGAGCUACCUCCACCUCCUCCAGGCCAACAACCUUCCUUUGACUUGUUUGCAGCUCUUAAGAAAAUGAAAGCCAUGACACAGGACCGUACACAGAACGAGACAGAGUCACCUUAGCCAGUAGUAAACCCGAGGUUGUCGUCGUUGAGUCCUGUUAGUAAGAGGCUCAAGGCUUUGGAGAGCCAAGUUAAGGGAAGGAAGAAGAACAGUAGUAAGAAGAGAUGAUUCAAGAAUGGUACCGUUUUACUGUUUUUUGUUAGAGAGCUAAAAGAAAAGAGAUAAUAAAAGCUUUUGAUUCAUAAGUGUAGAGGAUGAGAACAACUUAUACUUCAUAGUUUGUUCUCGUUUUAGAGUCAUAUAUAACUGUAGUCACCUAUUAGUGACGUCUGUGUAACAAUCAAACAUCUUACACAUUUAGCUAAUUCUUUAUG